GUCGUCGUCGUCUACGGCUGCGCCUCGCGUCAUCAAGCACCACAAGUCUAACUCCUCCCUCGCAGCAGCAUCUUCAGCCUCGUCGUCCGCCUCCACUGCUCGCAGACCGACCUCAAUAAUCAGGCCCGCCUCACCUUCAGUAGCAGCGGCGCCGGCUGCCAUGGCGGCUACCAACAGCGGCGCCGGCAACACGCCAGCGACGACCGUUGCAGUCUCGCUGACUCCCGCCGAAGAGGAGAGGAUAUGGAAGAGUCCCGCAGCCAGAAAGGCAGAAAGGAAGUGGAAGCGUCAAAGCGAGAAAACCUUGGCUUCUGAUCCACGCUUCCGGAAGUAUGCGGCUACGGUGGACAGGGCUUUGGCGUCCUUUGAGGCCGUCAAUGAGUGGGCAGACUUUGUGGGCGCGCUAGCAAGGCUAGAGAAGAUAUUCGCUGCCCCUCCGCCCCUACCCACCUCCCUCAUCCCAAACGCCCUCCUCCUAGCAAAACGCCUCUCUCAAUGUCUCAACCCUGCCCUUCCCUCUGGAGUACACCAUCGCGCCCUCUCCGUCUACAGGCAAAUCUUCCUCUUCCUCUCCUUAGACGGGCUCCGCCGCGACUUGACCAUCUGGUCGCCCGCUUUGCUUCCCUUCUUCGAGCGAUCCAAUACCAGUACGCGCCCAGCCAUUUUGGGGCUGUUGGAGGACUUCUUUCUGCCACUGAAGGAGGAUCUCAAACCGAUUACUCGCCCAUUCUUGCUAGCCGUCUUGCCGGGCUUGGAGGAGGAAGGAGCGGAAAAUUUUGAUAGGACGCUCAAGCUGUUGGAUGGGCUGGAGAAGUGUGUGGAUAAGGACCUCUUUUGGCGUUGCCUGUGGGCUACAGUCAUCGGCAAUCCAGCAAUUGGACAGGCGGCGGUGCACUUCCUCCAUAAGAGGUCCCCGCCCAUACCGCAGCAACUCAAGACUACUUCAGAAGCGAAUGCAGCUGGUCUCAGCGACGGAAGGCAGCAGAAGCAGCCACUGUUGGCGCAUCUCGUAUUGAUGCCCAGGGCCCUUUCUGCUCUGCUAUCAUCACAAGAGCUCCUGACCAUUCGAGGUGGGCUCGACUUGCUCCUUCAGCUGCUACCUCUCGACACUGUCUUCUACCACUCGAUGCCUAGCGAGGAUCGCUUGGAGCUCAUGCAGAGCGCUAUCGGCGUUGUAAGAAGGAGAGAGUUGAGCCUCAAUAGACGGCUGUGGUCCUGGCUGGGAGGUACAGGACGAAGCGCGGCUCAUGCUGCAGCUGUACGGCAAAAUGAGGACCCUCAUCAAGACGAGCAGGAUGCUCAACGCAAGUUGACUGCGGCCCAGCGACCUCUUCGCGUCUUCCUAGCUCUCCUCGACAAGUGGAGCGUAGGUGCCGCCCUGACGGACUCAGCGGUUCUGGAUGUCUGGGCUUCUCUACGGACGAUCCAUAUCCGGUAUGGGGCAGACGCAACAAAGGAUCUGAUGACGACGGCAACCAUGCUCUUUGACGCGGUUGACAAGUCCAUCCUCACGCGUAAGCUUGUCGAGGGAAUUGCGGCCGACUUCACCCAAGGCUCGCCGGAGACUGUGGGUCUCUUACUGUUCAUCGUGGAGCAUUUCAGCUUCAAGGAUGAUCUCUCCCGCGCCAUCCAUCUGCCGCAUCUACUUCUACUGCUGAUUGAGCAAGCGGAGCGUGCCCUGAAGCAGGCGUCGUUGGACAAGCAGAAGACAUUUCUGUUACUUCAAGAAGCCAUCAAAGCAUGCAAAGCGCUGCUCGACCUUAUCGACCUACCCGCGGUACAGAGAUUAGAGGCAGAGGGCAGCGCAACAUCGGACUCUGUCGCUACGCUGAAAGCCUUCUACAGCUCGCAGAGCACGGACAAGGUUCCAAUCGACUUCCGAAGCCACGCCGUUCAGCAGGCUUUGCUUCAGUGCUGUGCAAGUCUCUUUCAGCAGGCUGAAUCGACAGUGGGCCGGGAUAGGCAGGAGCGACAAUCUCUGAUCAUCUCCGAGGCCAGCUUGAACCUCUGCACUGCUCUCUUUCGCAAGAUCUCAGCAGGCACAGCUGCGGUGGCUUCAUCCGCAGACGCGGCCAACGAGACUUCGCAAUGCUCUCUUAGCCUCCCGCUUGGUUGGACUCAUCUACUCCUCGGGAAGGCGGGCAAAGCCACGAGCUUUUCCGAGCUUGAGUCCGCUCUGUUCACCAUCGACGCGGUAAUCAGCUGCCCUUUGCUCGUUCCGAGACUGGAUCUUCUUUCCAACGAAUCGAAGCGGCAAACAUGCGCCGUGUACGCCAACGUCCGUCAAUUCCUUCUGCCAGACGCAGUCAUGUUUCACGGCCGAGCAGUCGACCUUUUCUGGCUUCUCGAUUCGCACACGGCAAAGGAAGGCUUGCUCCAGACCUUAUCGUGCGCUGAGAUCCUCUCUGAGCGACGCAUGGACCAGUUUCUGCUCGCGUUCGGCGUAAUAUGGAGGUUGUCGGACCCAGCUAAGCUCUCCUCACCAGCAUGUGCUGCUCCGCUUGGGCAUUUCCUUGACCUCUUGCAAUCGCCGGAUCAAAGACGUCGCCAAGCUGUGGAGACUUGGCUGCGGGUGAACGUUCGAUCCUAUGCUCCUAUCUUCAACCUCAUACUAGGGUCAUUCCGACGCGCAACUGGUUCGGGGAGCAUGGCGCACUGUACCAUCAGAUGCGCUGAGGGCACCGAUGUCAAGACGCUGGUCUAUACACAUCCCUUCGACCACAGACUGCUCAAUCACUGGCUAUCUGUCCUGUUGGCCAUCGCGAGGUACGGCGGAGCUGGAUUCGUACGAGCAGCGACGACGACGUCGCCAUCACCUUCGACAGGGCCAACCUACAUGGAGGAAUGCCUGGCCAUCUUGCUCCGCCUUCUUCGGACAUCGCGCCGAGCCUCGUAUAGUGACCUCGACGCGACCACGCAUACCCAUUGCGCUGAUUUUCUGCAACUUGCGGCCUCGAAGAAUGGCUUCACUACAUCGCAGCUCGCCGACAUUGAGACUUUGCUGCUGGAGCGGCUCCUCGUCGGCAUUGAGGGGCCUUCAGGGCUGAAUCAGCACCGACUUCUUUUGGCGCUUCACACAGUCAUAUCGUCCAAAGCUGGUUUCCACGCUCGGCAGCGCGAUGUAUCCGGCGGCGAUGGCAGCAAUGGCAGCAGCAGCGGGUCCUCCCCGUCUACUGCGUUCAACCCACAUCCCCUGCUCCUUCGCACGCUUCGCGCCGGCCUGGCCCAGCCUGGCCGCUACUCAUUGCUCCCGCACUGGGCAGACUUUGUCCUGAUGACGCUGCCGCAGUACCGCCGCUGCAUGGCGUCACUGCUCGUCCCUCUCCACACAAGCGUGUGCAAGACGAUCGUUGAGGCAGAGGCAGAGAUACAUGACGUCUUCCACGGCCCAUUGCCGGAGGUUCAACGGACCACAUCGUCCUUGCCUUCGCUUUCUUUAUCAAUGCGAGAGGACGACUUUGUGACACUGAUCAACGUUUCCGAGCGCAUCGUCUUGCUAUGCCUCGAGGAUGACGGCGGCAAUCAACACAAGUCGGAAAGAAGCGGCGUAGGCAUCUUCGGCUACGUGACCGGCAUCUUCGGUGGUGAGUCGACGCCAGGCAACGGGACACCGCAGCUUGGCACGCCUCCUACCAGCCCGUCCAUCUUGGCUCUCCAGCUCUGCCUGCGUACGCUCCACUCCCUCUGGGUCGGAUUGAGUGAUGAGCAGGCGCCGCGCGAUGACGACCAGCGGGCAACCACGUUCGCCGUGAUGAGCGGUAAAGUCCGUCAGCGUGUCAGACGCUGCUUUGAGCGACUCUACAAAGUUCAGCCUGCCGCUACGCUUGAGACGCUGGUCGAUUGCUGGGGUCGAGCAGGUGCCGGGACAGCAGGCAAGAUACAGGCAGAGAGCAUCUUUGAGAUUGUCAACCUCCUCGUCGCAGGCCACAAAAUGGUCGUCACCUUCCUGUGCGACCUGCUCGCGCAGCGCCUGCCCUCGCCAGGCACAUCGAGGCCAAACUGGACGCCCAAUCAGCUAGUAUCAGAGGGCAUGCUUAUGAGCUUCCUCGAAGUGUAUGUGACGCGACUGGAGUCGCCUGCUGCGGCUCAAGGCGUUUGGCCCAUCAUCGUGGUACUCGUCAAGGAUCUCAUCGCAAAUAGCACGGCCUACAAGGGUUAUCUUCCUCCUGCGCUGCGCUGUUUGACUGUGCUCGGAGAGAAGCUGCUGGCGUCGUCUGCCGCGGCGUCAAGCACGUCCACGAUGACGGCAGCUGCUGUUGCGCCACCUCCUGAGGACCGCAGGAUGCGCCGCGAGAUGCAAGAAGUUUAUGUCAAGCUCUUCGACCUCUGCGUCCUGAUCGCCGGCCGUUCAUUCGAGGCUGCUACGGCCAACUGGAUGAUCCCGGCACGCACCGACUUCGGCGACGAGAAGGCUGCGAUGAGCGGCUCCAUCGCUUCGCUCAGCGACUUCUCCUCCUCGGCCCUCGUCGACUACUUAAGCAGCACCGCACUUCCCGCACUCCGCAAGAUCGCCUCAGACCAGGACAAAGUCUCCUCGUGUUGCAACAACGCCAUCUAUUACAUCCUCUCCCCGCCUCUCCGCAUCAAGAACGCGCAUCGCUCCUUCGAGCACAUCGACCCUUCCAUCUUAGCUCUGGCGACCGAGAUCGGCCGCACUGUGCCUCUUUCAUUGAAGACAUUGCGCGGCCCUGUCAGCGACGCCUUCAUGGACGGACGUUUCUUCAAGAUGAGCGCUACAGCGGGCAAAAGGUGGCGUGGCCCGAUCGUAUUGCUCUAUGCAACGGAUAGGGAUCGCUACUUCGUAGGCGAGGUGCUGGGUCGGAUCAGCGCGACGGCGUCGGCGAACAUCUUUACCAAUCGCGAGGCAGAGGUUGUGGCGCGGUCGCUCAGUUUGAGGAGAUUGACCUUCGUCCUCUUCUCUGGUGCCAAGGACCAGUUCCUCGCGCAAUUGCCCCAGGUGCAGGAAAAGCUCGUCGAGAUGCUGCGCAGCCACCCUAUACCGGAUCGUGUGGCAGCUGAGGCGUAUCUAUGCCUGCGAGUAAUGCUGCUUCGCUUUCAAAGCAGGCAUCUGACGACUCUCUGGCCGAUCAUCAUCACGGAGCUCGUCCGCCUGUUUGAAAGUUAUGCAAGCGGAGGAGAGGAAGGGGGCACGGCUACGCAGCAUUUGCCUGCCGAUGGGUCCGAUGGAGUGCAUCUGCUCGUGGCAGCGUGCAAGUUCGUCGACGCGCUGCUCUGCUUGAGGACGCCAGAGUUUCAGGUACAUCAGUGGCUGUUCGUCAAUGACUCUGAUUUGGGAGGGGAUGAGUUUGGCUUGGAGGAGGGUUUGUUCGACCGUUUGGCAGAGGCGAUCGAGGCGAGUGGAGCAGCUGGGUCCGGUGGCGGUAAAGGAGCUGCUUCUGUGGCGGCGGCGCCAUCGUCGCUCCGAAGCAAGAGCAGAGGCGGCGUACGCGAGCCUCUGCUGACGGGCGUGCGAAGGUUGAGCGGGCUUCGCGAUCUCGUGCCCUUCCUGCGCCUGGCAAGCAGUACUAGCUUCCAGCGCAGUAUUGCCGGUGCUGCCAAGGGCGAUAUGAAUUGGGCGGCUCUGGAUCGUGAUGUGCUUGCGGACCUGUUCGAGGGGUCCGCGUGA